GAUUCUUCUUAUAUGAAGCUUGGUAUGGAGAUCCAUGCCACCGUUUUGAAGUUAAAUGAUUUUCAAAAUGUUUAUGUUUAUAAUGCCUUGAUUGCUUUGUACUUGAGGUGUGGUAGAACGGUUAAGGCUGCAAGGAUUUUUGAUGAUCUAAAUGAGAAGGAUAAUGUGUCAUGGAAUUCUAUGAUUGCGGGUUUUGUUCAAAAUGGUUUGUAUAAUGAAGGUAUGGAAUUAUUUUGUGAAAUGCUGGAUGCUGGUCAAAAACCAGAUGAGGUUUCAGUAAUAAGUAUCAUUGCAGCUUGUGGGCGACUCGGUAAGCUACUGAAUGGAAGGGAAAUGCAUGCUUAUGCGAUAAGAAAUGGUUUUUAUUCCACUUUGCAGGUAGGGAGUUCUCUUAUAGAUAUGUAUGCUAAGUGUCAUUACAUAGAUUACAUGGUACGUGCUUUUAAUGUCAUGGCUGAUAGAGAUUUUGUUUCUUGGGCAACAAUUAUUGCCGGCUAUGCUCAGAACAAUUGCCAUAAAGAAGCACUAGAAUUAUUUCAUGAAGUGCAGGUACGAGGGAUGGAGGUGGAUGUCAUGAUGAUUGGGAGUGUCCUGCUGGCUUGUAGUGGACUGCGAUAUUUGCCCAAAGUGAAAGAAAUUCAUUGUUACAUCUUAAGAAGAGGUUCAUUUGAUCUUGUUCUGCAGAACACAAUUGUUGAUAUAUAUGGGGAGUGUGGGAACAUAGAUUAUGCAACUCGGAUGUUUGAAUUGAUUGAAUGUAAAGAUGUAGUAUCUUGGACAAGCUUAAUAUCUUCUCAUGUCUGCGUAGGUCUUGCAAAUGAAGCUCUAGAGCUCUUUUACUCCAUGAAGGAAACUGGUAUCGAGCUUGAUUCUGUGGCUUUAGUGAGCAUGUGCUCAGUUGCUGCUAGCUUAUCUGCCUUAAAGAAGGGGAAAGAACUUCAUGGUUUUUUAAUACGGAAAGGCUUUACUUUAGAGGGAUCUAUUGCAAGCUCUCUUGUGGAUCUAUAUGCUCGUUGUGGAGUUCUGGAGAAUGCAAGGACG